GUGUAAGUGAUCAUAUCAUAAAACAAAUAUUUCUCUGUAUUCUAUUGUUAUAGUGAAUAAAGUUUUUCGAUCAAAUAUAAUACAUUAGUACGAUAAAUAUGGAAUUCCUCUGUCUAGCCCCAUCACAUAAUUUUACCAUCAGCCCCAAAUUCACACCAUUUUCUAGUGAUCGCAUUACUACCCCUCUCCGUGACAUGAAAAUGUACCGUAACAUGGGUGGUUCAAGGGUAAAACCAUUGGCAUUGCCUUUAAAACGAUUAAUUUAUCCUUCCGAUUCUUCAGCCGUCUUACCGGUGAGUGAACCAGUAUCGUUGCCAGUCGUCCAGCCUGGACAGUUGAUAGAAAAUAAACGAAUUCCUUACGAUCCAGAUGAAUUAUUGCAAUAUUUGCUCGACAUGUUGGCAUCACCAGUAUACAAUGUCGCGAAAGUAACCCCCUUGGAGCCUGCAAAGAAGAUUUCAGAUAAGCUUGGAGUUAAAUUUUAUAUCAAAAGAGAGGAUAAACAGGAUGUGUUUUCAUUCAAGAUUAGAGGAGCUUACAACAUGAUGAGUAGCCUCUCACAGGAGCAAUUAGAUAAAGGGGUUGUAACAGCAUCAGCUGGAAAUCAUGCACAAGGUGUUGCAGUUAGUGCUGCAACACUUAAAUGUCAGGCUACAAUUGUCAUGCCUGAGACCACCCCAGAAAUCAAGGUUGAGGCGGUUAGAUCCUUAGGUGGUGAUUAUGUUACGAUAAAACCUGUGGGUCAGACAUUUGAUGAAGCUCAAGCAGAGGCCCUGAGGUUGGUUGAAGAAAAUGGGUACAUAUUCGUCUCACCAUUCGAUGAUCCAGGAGUCAUCAAAGGCCAAGGUACAGUUGGAAUGGAGAUAAACCAUCAACUUAAGGACAUCUAUGCCGUGUUUGUGCCUGUUGGUGGUGGUGGUCUAAUAGCUGGUGUUGCUGCUUAUUUCAAACAAGUUGCCCCAAAUACAAAAAUUAUUGGAGUUGAACCAUAUGGUGCAGCUUCAAUGACAUAUUCAUUAUAUAAAGGUGAAAGAAUAAAAUUGGAAAAUGUUGAUACUUUUGCUGAUGGUGUAGCUGUUGCACAAGUUGGUGCAUACAAUUUUCAAAAAUGUCAAGAGUUAAUUGAUGGAAUGGUACUUGUUCAUCGUGAUGAUAUUAGUGCUGCAAUAAAGGAUGUGUAUGAUGAAGGAAGGAACAUAUUAGAGACAUCAGGUGCAGUUUCCAUAGCUGGAGCUCAAGCAUAUUGCAAAUAUUAUAACAUCCAAAAUGAAAAUAUUGUAACAAUUGCAAGUGGAGCAAAUAUGGAUUUCAGCAAACUAAAAUUAGUUGCAGACUAUGCAGCGAUUGGUGCAGGGGAAGAAGCUUUGUUAGCUACUGUUAUGCCAGAAGAACAAGGAAGCUUCUUGAAAUUCAUUCAAAUUUUGGGCUCUUUCAAUAUUACUGAAUUCACAUACAGAUAUAGUGCUGAAAGAAAAAAGGCUGUAGCUCUAUACAGUGUUGAUAUUGAUGAAAAUACGGAUAUUAAAGCAAUAAUUGAGAAGUUGAAUUCAGAAGGAUUCCAUACUGUUGAUCUCUCACAUCAUGAUGUGGCCAAUGAACACCUAAGGCAUUUGGUGGCUGGUGGCGCAUCAAAUCCUAGUGAUGAGAUUCUCUGUCAAUUUAUUUUCCCUGAAAUUGCUGGAGCUCUAAGAAAAUUCUUAUAUGCUUUCUCCCCUCGUUGGAAUAUAACUUUGUUCCGUUACCGUGAACAGGGAGAUAUAAAUGCAAGUGUGUUAGUGGGAUUCCAAGUUCCAAAAAGUGAGAUGGAUGAAUUCCAAAAUCAAGCUAAUAAUCUUGGUUAUGCAUAUAGUUUUGAGAAUCUUGAUGAGGUUUAUAAGCUUAUAAGGAAUGAUUGAAGAAAAAAAAAUCGUGUUCUAAGUUGCAAUUAUUGCAAAUCCUAUUUUUUUUUCUUUAAAAGAAUAACCGUCUUGUACGAAUCAGUUGUUAAGAAAUAAUUGAUGAAUUAACUUGUUGUAAGUUAAUUUCAUCUUGUUGUAUAAAUAAUAGUGCAUGUAUCCAUUAGGAAAUAACAAUUUAUUAUUGUCAACCACUUUUCUGAA